UCAUUUCAGAAAUUACCGAUAGCAUUAUUAUAACAACGCAUUCACGAAAUCACUCGCAAAUAUAUAUCUAUAUAGAGAAUCUUCUGUGUGCAGAAAUGAAAGAAACAAUAUAUGAAAUAAUUUUUUGUCCACGAAACGACAUGCAUGAUACUAGUGUAGAUGUAAUUUCGAGAUCAAUACCUCCAGAAAUAUCCAGACUGAAACCGAACGAAAUAAAAAAACAAAUAUGCGAGAAAAUGUGUGGAACAAAAUACAAAGAUAUUUUUUGUAUUAAAACUUUAGAUACUUUUACUUUACUGCCAGGGAUUGACAUUGAUAUAGACACUGAGCGUUCUUUCACUGAAAUUGUUACUGAUCAUUCUAUUACUGAAAUUUUGCUACUAAAUAACAUAACAAUUGAAAAAAUGAUGUGUAUAAAAAAAACUUCAAAUGAGGAUUCAAUUAUUGAGUAUGACUGCCCAACGCCUAAGGAUUUCGGGUUGUCAAAUACGGAAGUACAAAAUUUGAUGUGUCAAGAGUUGACUGGAACCAUAUACGAGGCGAUUUAUUGUACAACGGAUACUAUAUAUAAAUUAAUUUUUGAUAUUAAAAGAGAAGUCUAUAUAGUGACGAUUACAAAUGAAAGAAAAAUCAAUACGACACACGGAAUCAUAAUUCAAAACACUGUGUGCGACUUAACUCUAGGAACCAUAUAUGAAAUUCUUUUCUGUCCACGAAAUGGAGAUAUCUACGAUAUUACUACAGACAAGAUUCGAAGGAUUAUCCCUGAUGACAUAAUUAGGCCGGAACCGGAACAGCUAAGAGAAAUAUUAUGCGAAAUGAUGAGAGGUACAGAAUACGAAAAUAUCUUUUGUCUAACAGCAAAGGUUACAGAUAUUAUUACACCAACAACCGAAACAGGUUUAUCAACAAAUGUAACGCCGGAAACAUCUCAAGAAGAAACUCUGACAUCAACGGUUGACGGUACUGAGCAACCUCUAACUAUGGAAAUUCAGACACCAGCGGUUGAUUCCACUGAGGAACCAAUAACCGAAGCAAUUCAAACACCAGCGGUUGAUUAUACUAAGCAAUUAACAGUUAAUGAAAAUCAGACACCGACAACUGCUGAAACUCAGACAAUAGCGGUUGAUUGUACUGAGGAACUAACAACUGAAGAAACUCAGACACCGACAACUGCAGAAACUCAGACAAUAGCGGUUGAUUGUACUGAAGAACUAACAACUAAAGAAACUCAGACACCGACAACUGCAGAAACUCAGACAAUAGCGGUUGAUUGUACUAAGGAACAAACAACUGAAGAAACUCAGACACCAACAGUUGACGGUACUGAGAAACAAACAACUGAAAAAGCUCAAACAUUAGCGGUUGAUUAUACUGAGCAAUUAACAACUGAAGAAACUCAGUCACCGAUAUUUGCAGAAACUCAGACUAUAGCGGUUGAUUAUACUGUGGAACGAAUAACUGAAGAAACUCAGACACCAACAGUUGACGGUACUGAGGAACUGACCACUGAAAAAACUCAAACAUCAGCGAUUGAUGAUACUGAGGAACCAAUAAUUGAAGAAACUCAGACAAUAUCAAUUCAUGGUGUCCAGGAAACAACACCUAAAGUAAUAACCCAAAGUACAACAACCAAAAAUAAAAAACAGUCGCACUGCAUAAAAAUUUACAAUUCGUCUACUGGCAGGAUAUCUUGCUACUCACCUCCUCACACAACACAGGUAUCAACAGUUAAAACUACCAUGAAACCAAAACCUAAAGAAACAACUAAAAAAACACCUAAAAAAACAACUAAAAGAACAACUAAAAGAGCGACUAAACAAACCCAAGAACCAAUUGUUGAUGUUACCAAGGAACCCAUACCUAAAGAAACUCAGACAUCCACGAGUAAUAGUACUGAGGAACCAACAACUGCAGAAACACCUACAUUAGCGCUUGAUGAAACUGAGACGUCAGCAACUGAAGAAACUCACAUACCAGAUAUUGAUGGUAAUGAGGAACCAACAACUAAAGAAACUCAGACACCAACAACUGCAGAAACUCAGACAAUAGCGGUUGAAUGUACUGAGGAACCAACAACGGACGAAACUCAGGUUGAUUAUACUGAGGAACCAACAACUGCAGAAACUCAGACACCGACAACUGCAGAAACUCAGACAAUAGCGGUUGACUGUACUGAGGAACCAACGACUGAAGAAAUUCAAACUACAACAGUUGUCAAUACUGAGGAACCAACAACUAAAGAAAUUCAGAUGCCAAUAGUUGUCAGUACUGAAGAACCAACAACUGAAGAAAUUCAGACAACAACAGUUGUCGGUACUGAGGAACCAACAACUGAACAAAUUCAGACUACAUCAGUUGUCAGUACUGAGGAACCAACAACUGAAGAAAUUCAGACUACAACAUUUGUCGGUACUGAGGAACCAACAACUGAACAAAUUCAGACUACAUCAGUUGUCAGUACUGAGGAACCAACAACUGAAGAAAUUCAAAUUCAGACUACAACAGUUGUCGGUACUGAGGAACCAACAACUGAACAAAUUCAGACUACAUCAGUUGUCAGUACUGAGGAACCAACAACUGAAGAAAUUCAGACUACAACAUUUGUCGGUACUGAGGAACCAACAACUGAACAAAUUCAGACUACAUCAGUUGUCAGUACUGAGGAACCAACAACUGAAGAAAUUCAGACUUCAACAGUUGUCGGUACUGAGGAACCAACAGCUGAAGAAAUUCAGACUACAACAGUUGUCAGUACUGAGGAACCAACAACUGAAGAAAUUCAGACAAUAACAGUCGAUUGUACUGAAGAAGCAACGACUGAAGAAAUUCAAACUACAUCAGUUGUCAGUACUGAGGAACCAACAACUGAAAAAAUUCAGACUUCAACAGUUGUCGGUACUGAGGAACCAACAACUGAAGAAACUCAGACAAUAACAGUCGAUUGUACUGAAGAAGCAACGACUGAACAAAUUCAGACUACAUCAGUUGUCAAUACUGAGGAACCAACAACGAAAGAAAUUCAGAUCCCAAUAGUUGUCAGUACUGAGGAAACAACAACUGAAGAAAUUCAGACUUCAACAGUUGUCGGUACUGAGGAACCAACAACUAAAGAAAUUCAGACUACAACAGUAGUCGGUACCGAGAAACCAACAACUGGAGAAACUCAGACACCAGCGGUUGAUUAUACCGACAAACCAACAACUGAAGAAACUCAAACACCAACAGAUAUCGGUACUGAGGUGCCAACAACUGAAGAAAUUCAGACUUCAACAGUUGUCGGUACUGAGGAACCAACAACUAAAAAAAUUCAGACUACAACAGUUGUCAGUACUGAGGAACUAACAACUGAAGAAACUCAGACAAUAACAGUCGAUUGUACUGAAGAAGCAACGACUGAACAAAUUCAGACUACAUCAGUUGUUAAUACUGAGGAACCAACAACGAAAGAAAUUCAGAUCCCAAUAGUUGUCAGUACUGAGGAAACAACAACUGAAGAAAUUCAGAUUUCAACAGUUGUCGGUACUGAGGAACCAACAACUAAAGAAAUUCAGACUACAACAGUAGUCGGUACCGAGAAACCAACAACUGGAGAAACUCAGACACCAGCGGUUGAUUAUACCGACAAACCAACAACUGAAGAAACUCAAACACCAACAGAUAUCGGUACUGAGGUGCCAACAACUGAAGAAAUUCAGACUUCAACAGUUGUCGGUACUGAGGAACCAACAACUAAAAAAAUUCAGACUACAACAGUUGUCAGUACUGAGGAACUAACAACUGAAGAAACUCAGACAAUAACAGUCGAUUGUACUGAAGAAGCAACGACUGAACAAAUUCAGACUACAUCAGUUGUUAAUACUGAGGAACCAACAACGAAAGAAAUUCAGAUCCCAAUAGUUGUCAGUACUGAGGAAACAACAACUGAAGAAAUUCAGAUUUCAACAGUUGUCGGUACUGAGGAACCAACAACUAAAGAAAUUCAGACUACAACAGUAGUCGGUACCGAGAAACCAACAACUGGAGAAACUCAGACACCAGCGGUUGAUUAUACCGACAAACCAACAACUGAAGAAACUCAAACACCAACAGAUAUCGGUACUGAGGUGCCAACAACUGAAGAAACUCUGACACCAACAGUUAUCGGUACCGAGGAACCAACAAAUGCAGAAACUCAAAUACCCGUGGUUGAUUGUACUGAGGUACCAACAACUGAAGAAACUCAGACACCAACAUCAAUAUCUGACGGUACUGACGUACCAACAACUGCAGAAACUCAGACACCAACAGUUGACGGUACUGAGGAACCAACAACUGUAGAACCUCAGACACCAGCGGUUGAUUGUACUGAAGAACCAACAACUGAAGAAACUCAGACUACAAUAGUUGUCAGUACUAAGGAAUCAAUACCUGAAGAAGUUCAGAUCUUAACAAUUAUCAGUACUAAGGAACCAACAACUGAAGAAACUCAGACACCAACAGCUGAUGCUACUGAGGAACCAACAACUGAAGAAACUCAGACACCAGUGGUUGAUCGUACUGAGGUACCUACAACUGAAGAAACUCAGACACCUACAGUUGUCGGUACCGAGGAACCAACAACUGAAGAAAUUCAGAUUCCAACAGUUGUCAGUACCGAGGAAUCAGCAACUGUAGAAAUUCAAACACCAAGAAUUGACAGCAAACCAACAACUGAAGAAACUCAAACACCAAUAGUUGACGGUACUGAGGAACCAACAACUCAAGAAAGUCAGACACCAGAUGUUGAUUGUUCUGAGCAACCGACAACUGCAGAAACUAAGACACCAACAGGUGGUGGUACUGAGGAACCAUCAACUAAAGAACCUCAAACACCAACAGUUAACGGCACUGAGAAACCAACAACUGAAGAAACUCAAACACCAACAACUGCAGAAACUCAGACAAUAGUUGCUGAUUGUACUGAAGAACCAACAAACGAAGAAACGCAGGCACCAGAUCUUGGUGGUACUGAGCUACCAACAACUGAAGCAACUCAGACACCAACAUCUGAUUGUAGUGAAAAAUCCCAGACACUAGAUGUUGAUGAUACUAAGGAAGCAACAAGUGAAGAUGAAGAACCUCAGUCAUCAGCCGCUGACGAUGAAGAGUUCAUAUACUCUCAAGAAAUUGAGUUACCACCGUGUGGUUGUACUGUGGAAACAGUACCUGAAGAAAGUCAAGCACCGGUGACUGAAGGUACUGAGGAACUAACAACUGAAGAAACUCAGACAUCAACAGUUGACGGUACUGAGGAACCAACAAAUACAGAAACUCAGACACCGGAUGUUAAUGAUACUGAGGAACCAACGACUGAAGCAACUCAGACGCCAGAUGUAGACAGUACUGUGGAACCAACCACUGAAUACACUCAGACACCAGCGGUUGACGGUACUGAGGAACCAAUAACAGAAAAAACUCAGACUGCAGCGGUUGAUGAUACUGAAGAACCAAUAACUGAAGAAACUCAGACAACAACGGUUGAUGAUACUGAGGAACCAAUAACUCAAAAAGAUCAAAAACAAAUCCAACCUACUAAAAAACCAAAGUCAAAGAAUUGCACAAAUAAGAAGAAGAAAAAGAAGAAGAAGAAUAAAAAAAGGAAGAAGAAAAAGAACAAGAAGAAAGGGGAUUGUUGCGAUACAUUAUUAGAUUUACCUAAACUGUAUAAAUUAUUGUUAAAACUUGUUUCCAAGCCUUGCAAGGAUAACAAGCGACCUCAUAAAUCAAAACAUAAGCUCAAAGAGCAUGGAGCACACCAACCACAUCAUUUUCAUAUUCAUCAUCAUUUUUACUUUGAAAACGCUCCUGAAUAUUUUCGACAUCAUCCAGCGCUCUCUUCUGAAGGCAAGUCUGUAUCAGCCGACGAUAAGUAAUAAGGUACGGUACGGUAUACGGUAUAGUUAUGGCAAAGGCAUACGACUGAAUGAAGCUAGUGAUACUUCAAGAAGACACCAUGUUAUAUGCACGAAACAACAUGAGCAGGAACAUACCUGAAUACUAAUAGAAGAAACAAACCUGAGUGGAAACGUAAUUUCGAUGACAUAAUUAUUAUAUUUAAAAUAUUCUAAUAAUGUCAUUGUCACGUUGUGUAUAUACUGAA